CCCGCCCGCACCCGUCCCGAGGGCCCUCUCUACCUCCCGCACUCUGUCCCGCCCCGAAAACUUUUUUGCCUCAUUUGUCCUCCCGCCCGGGAACUUUCCACCCUCUCCUUCCCGCCCCAGGAACUCUUUUUCCCGCUCCCGUCCCGGGAACUCUGCCACCUGCCUCCGUAGCGGGAACACUGCCCACUGCCUCGGGAAAUUUCCCCGGCUCGGCCCGGCAGCUCCGACCCCGCUGGUCCCGGGAACUCGGCACCCGGCUGCCCCAAGGGGCUUCCCAACUCCAGAACUCGGCCCACUGCCUCCGCGGCGCCGGGAGGCCUGCCCGAGAACUCCGUCCACCUCAGCCCCCCGGCCGCCCCGGGAAACCCCGGGCCCGGAGCUGCAACCCGGACGCCUUCGCCGAGAAUCUGCCCCUCCCCCGCGCCCCGCGCCGUCCGCUCCGCCCCGGAAGUUCUCGUAGACCCCGCCCCGGUCUGAGCUGGGGCGCCGCGGUCAGGCCUUCCCGUCAGGCUAGGCCUGCCUGAGGCUCCCGGUCGCCCGGUGGAGGCUGAGCGGACCCCUUGGCCUAGGCGGGUGCCCGAGCCCCUGGGGCUUACCCGGGCGGUAACAAAAGCAGGUGCGUGCGGACAGGCGGCGGAGUCGAGGGCUUGUAGGCCGCGCUUGCUCGGCGAGGCCGGAAGCCAGUCCUGCUCCGCCGGCGGACAAUUCAUUAUCUACCAGGAGUGUCUCCAGCUGUAGGCGUCCUUGUGCUUUAAGCCACAAAAAACUGCCUAAGCUUCUUUGACGACUGCCCUGCCAAGUGUCCACAAUGCUGGGCCCUGAGGGAGGUGAAGGCUUUGUGGUCAAGCUCCGUGGCCUGCCCUGGUCCUGCUCUAUUGAAGAUGUGCAGAAUUUCCUCUCUGACUGCACAGUUCAUGAUGGGGCCGCAGGUGUUCACUUCAUCUACACUAGAGAGGGCAGGCAGAGUGGUGAGGCGUUUGUUGAACUUGAAUCUGAAGAUGAUGUGAAAAUGGCCCUUAAAAAAGACAGGGAGAGCAUGGGACACCGGUACAUUGAGGUGUUCAAGUCCCACAGAACCGAGAUGGAUUGGGUGUUGAAGCACAGUGGUCCAAACAGUGCUGACACUGCCAAUGAUGGCUUCGUGCGGCUUCGAGGACUCCCGUUUGGAUGCACCAAGGAAGAAAUUGUUCAGUUCUUCUCAGGGUUGGAAAUUGUGCCAAACGGGAUCACACUGCCUGUGGACCCCGAGGGCAAGAUCACAGGGGAAGCUUUUGUGCAGUUUGCCUCGCAGGAGUUAGCUGAGAAGGCCCUGGGGAAGCACAAGGAGCGAAUAGGGCAUAGGUACAUUGAGGUGUUCAAGAGUAGUCAGGAAGAAGUUAGGUCAUACUCGGAUCCCCCUCUGAAGUUCAUGUCUGUACAGCGGCCUGGGCCCUAUGACCGCCCUGGCACAGCCAGGAGGUACGUUGGCAUUGUCAAGCAAGCAGGCCUGGAGAGAAUGAGGCCUGGCACUUACAGUGCAGGCUAUGGGGGCUAUGAGGAGUACAGUGGCCUCAGCGAUGGCUACGGCUUCACCACCGACCUGUUUGGGAGAGACCUCAGUUACUGUCUCUCUGGGGUGUAUGACCAUAGAUACGGAGAUGGUGAGUUCACUGUCCAGAGCACCACUGGGCACUGUGUCCACAUGAGGGGCCUGCCCUACAAAGCCACGGAAAACGACAUUUACAACUUCUUCUCUCCACUCAACCCUGUGAGAGUCCACAUUGAGAUUGGCCCUGAUGGAAGAGUGACCGGCGAGGCUGAUGUUGAGUUUGCCACCCAUGAAGAAGCUGUGGCAGCUAUGUCCAAAGACAGGGCCAACAUGCAGCACAGAUACAUAGAACUUUUCCUGAAUUCCACAACAGGGGCCAGCAAUGGGGCGUAUAGCAGCCAGAUGAUGCAAGGCUUGGGAGUGUCAGCCCAGUCCACUUACAGUGGCCUUGAGAGCCAGUCCGUGAGUGGCUGUUACGGGGCUGGUUACAGUGGCCAGAACAGCAUGGGUGGAUAUGACUAGUUUGUAGGAGCAUUUGAAUUAUUUCAAUCAUUUUCACAGGCAGCCGACAAGCAGUGAAAAGCAGUUAUUUAGAGGAAGCUGUGGGACCCAUUUUUGCACCGUGAGUUUGUGAAAUCUGGAUUAAAAAAAUUACCUCUUCAGUGUUUUCUCAUGCAAACUUUCUUCUAGCAUGUGAUACUGAGUAAACUAAAACUAUUUUCAGCUUUUCUCAAUUAACAUUUUGGUAGUGUACUUCAGAGUGAUGUUAUCUGAGUUAAGUAAUUUUAAGUACAUUAAUUGUGGAUCUUUUACACCGCAUCACCGUGAACACAUUGGGGAGACAUGUUUUUUUGGAAAACUCAAGGUGCUAGAUCCCUAAAUUCAAAGAGGAGCAUUUCUCAUGUUCAUUCUAGUUUAUUUUCAUUUAAAGUUUUUUAGGUUAAGUUUAAGCUUUUUAAAAGUUAGUUUUGAAAAUUGAGACACAUUACUAAUACUGUAGGAAUUGGUGAGGCCUUGACUUAAAACUUUCUUUGUACUGUGAUUUCCUUUGGGGUGUAUUUUGCUAAGUGAAACUUGUUAAAUUUUUGUUAACUAAAUUUUUUUCUUAAAAUAAAGAUUUUUCCACAAUGA